AAAGCUACAAAUACUGUGGGCGAGUGUCCCUUCUCUGGUGCCGCUGACAUCGGAGGGGCGCGGACAGUAUGAGGUGGAGGUGGAGGCGGAGCCGAACCUCAGAGGCCCUGAAAUAGUCACCAUGGGGGAGAACGACCCGCCGGCGGCUGAAGCCCCCUUCUCCUUCCGAUCCCUUUUCGGCCUUGACGAUCUGAAAAUAAGCCCCGUCACACCAGAUGCGGAUGCUGUGGCCGCACAGAUCCUGUCCCUGCUGCCCCUGAAGUUCUUCCCGAUCAUCGUCCUUGGGGUCAUUGCGCUGAUAGUGGCUCUGGCCGCGGGUCUGGGCGUCCACUUCGACUGCUCCGGGAAGUACAGGUGCCGGUCGUCUUUCAAGUGCAUUGAACUGACGGCUCGAUGCGAUGGCGUCUCAGACUGCAAGGCCGGGGAGGAUGAGUACCGAUGCGUCCGCGUGAGCGGUCAGAACGGCGUGCUGCAGGUGUUCACGGAGGCUGCGUGGAGGACCGUGUGCUCUGACGACUGGAAGAGUCACCACGCUACUGUCGCCUGUGCCCAGCUGGGGUUUCCAAGCUACGUCAGUUCAGACACCCUCAGAGUGACCCUGCUGGAGGAGCAGUUCCAAGAGGACUUCGUUUCCAUCAACCACCUCUUGCCAGACGACAAGGUGACCGCUCUGCACCAGUCGGUGUACCUGAGGGAAGAAUGCACCUCGGGCCGCGUGGUCACCCUGAAGUGCACAGCCUGUGGUCUGAGGAUGGGCUACAGCUCGCGCAUCGUGGGUGGAAACAUGUCUUCGCUCGCACAGUGGCCCUGGCAGGCCAGCCUCCAGUUCCAGGGCUACCAUUUGUGCGGGGGUUCCGUCAUCACCCCGGUGUGGAUUGUCACCGCCGCCCACUGUGUCUACGACCUGUACCUCCCCAAGUCGUGGACCAUCCAGGUGGGCCUAGUUUCCCUGCUGGACAGUCCGGCCCCUUCCCACCUGGUGGAGAAAAUCAUCUAUCACAGCAAGUACAAGCCGAAGAGGCUGGGCAAUGACAUUGCCCUCAUGAAGCUGGCGGAGCCGCUCUCCUUCAACGAGAUGGUCCAGCCGGUGUGCCUGCCCAACUCCGAAGAGAACUUUCCUGACGGGAAAAUGUGCUGGACGUCGGGAUGGGGGGCCACCGAGGAGGGAGGCGAUGCCUCCCCGGUCCUCAACCACGCGGCCGUGCCCCUGAUCUCCAACAAGAUCUGCAACCACAAGGACGUGUAUGGUGGCAUCAUCUCCCCCUCCAUGGUCUGCGCCGGCUACCUGAAAGGCGGUGUGGACAGCUGCCAGGGGGACAGCGGGGGACCCCUGGUGUGUCAGGAGAGGAGGCUGUGGAAGCUGGUGGGGGCGACGAGCUUCGGCAUCGGCUGUGCGGACGCGAACAAGCCCGGGGUCUACACCCGCAUCACCUCCUUCCUGGACUGGAUCCACGAGCAGCUGGAGAGGGACCUGAAAACUUGAAGAGCAAGGGGACGAGCCACCGCGUUGAGCUCCUGCCACAGUGGAGACGUCCCCGUCCCUCCAUGGAUUCCCGGCUGGGAACUUCGGACGCGAGCGAGUGCCUCCGGUGCUCGGCUUCCGGGCACCACCGGCAGCGCCGGAAGGCGGGGCGUCCCUGCAUCUGGAACCAUUUGCUUCUAACAUGUCGGACGGGGUACGGGGCCGUUGGACUAAAAUGACCUUGAAGUGCCUUUCUGACCCUCCCUAAGAACAAAGACAGGAGCGCCUGUGAAGUGCUACCCUUUCCCAUCGUCGAUUAGGUUUUCUCUACCGCCGCCCUCCAGCGCGAGUGACCACACCAGCAAGCCUGCCACGCAAAGCCACGGACGGUCCAGCUGCUCGGGGGCGGGGGUGGGGCCGGCCCAGAGCCGCAGACGCCCCCGCACCCACCGUUUACCCCUGGGCACCGGAACCCAGCGCAGGUGUCCGAGACCUCUGCACGUGGGAACUUCAUCUCCAAAUGACUAGUUUUAAGGUAUAUUUCUAUCCUAUUUUGUAGCACUCGGUGCCUGGUGUAUCAGCGUCCCUCGCUUCCACGGGACACGGGCCUCGGGCACUUGGAGCUGGUCUGAGUGUCUGCCCGCCCGUGCACACUGACUUCAUCAGCUCGGUCGCAGACGCUCGGUCACGUGGCUCCCCCCUACCCGCCCCGUGGGGCUUGCCUAUCCCUGUCCGAGCAGGUUUCUCCGCAGAUCAGAGCGACCUCCUGCUCCGUCAGGAGACCCAGAGCAGAGGGAGAAACCAGGUAGUGAGACAAGGACCACCUCACCCCGAGGACGUUGGGUCCUCAGGCAAACAGAGUGGACCAGGGGUGUCACAUUCAUUGUCACCAGGGGCCACAUCAGCCUCGCGGCUGCCUUCAAAGGGCCAAAUGGAACUUUAAGACUGCAUAAAUGUAACUACUCCUUAACAGUUAAGUGAGCGCUCACGCUGCCACCUGGUAGAGACAAGGUGCCGGCAGAUAAAACAAGGUGGAGGGCCGGAUUUGGCCCGCGGGCCUUGUGUUUGCCACCUGUGGAGUAGACGGUCCUGUGUCACUACGAGGCCAUAGGUUCCGCACCCCUCUGCAGGCACCUGCAGGGUCAGAGACUCCGCCCUCUGUGACCCACAUACCUGUAGUCCCCACAGCGCACAGAGGUUACUCGGUAGGUAACCAGCGUGGUGCUUUCUCACCUACGAAGGCGUGAGAGUGGGAAUGUGCCCCUUUGCCUGGAGGCAACGGUGGGGAAGGGGUGAGUGUCUCAGCAGCGGCUCCGGGGACCCUCCUGGGCGGUCUGAGGCGGAGAGGGGGAUGCGGGAAGGAGCGGGGGAUCCCAUCCCGCAACCGUAUCGGAUGAGGCAUCAUGUCGCCCUGCCAGAGUCGCUACACGGGCCUGUGUGUGUGUUGGAAGGGACGAGAUAUUUUCAUUUUAAGUGGUUUUGCUUGGGUCUCUCUGAACGUUGUGCUAGCUCAUGGACUGAAGAUCCCGGGGUGAGAAGACACUCCUUCUGCGUGACAGCAACCUCAGCUGAGAAAGCCUGACUGAGGGGUCCGCGGGCACGCAUUUCUCACCUGUUUCGGUGUCAUUUGUCGUCUUUGGUCACUGCUGCCGUUCCUGAGGACACGGCUGCUGGCUUGCAGUCAGUCUUCUCCCGAGGGGCCUUGGGUGAUGCCGUGGCAGGUGGUUUUAAUCGGUGUGUACCAUGCCCCCGGCACCGCUCUUCGUGGGGUUCGUCUGUUCUCGUGUUUAACGGUCACAAGCACCCCGCGAGACAGCUCUCGGAGUCCCGUCCUGCAGGAGAGGACCCUGCAGUGUGACAGUGGAGUGGCUUUCCCAAGGCCCGCGGGGCACUCAGGACUUGCACCCAGCCCGUCAUACCAGCAGGAAUUAAAGCAAUUAGCUAAUUGCAAAACUACACUCCUUGGUGCUUGCGGCGCCUGUUUGAACCCCUCUGAGACAUGUUCGUCAUCCGAGUUCGUGAUGCGCUUCUCCUUCCUCCAGAAACGUUUGGGGACAGCGGCCGGCUCAAGCGGCAGCGCCGUGGCGGGGCUCUCUGUUCCUUUUUCCACAGACUCACGCGUCAUGGCCAGGCCGGGCGGGAGCCCGAGGAGAGAGUCACGGCUCCAGCAUUGCUGGCGUGCGGCCUCAGAAACAGCCAGCACCGCGGGCCGCGUGCAGCUUGGGCUGCUGCCCUGGUGGCCUGGACCUGAGGCCAAGUUAGUGAGUGAGGGGGCCUCCCUGCCCCUGGACAGCCAGGAGAGGACCGUGGGAAACACUCUCUCUCUAGUACUGCACCAUGGUGUGUGAUAUGGCCUAAUUUCAACAUUUUUAAACAACUAUAGAAGGCCUAAUGAUAGCAUAGACAGUUUGGGGGGGAAAGAGCAUUAAACAUUGGCCAGCAACUCAAAUGCUGUCAUUGGCCACGAAAA